CCCGUAGGCCUCGUGGACCUCUGCGGCGCGCUGGAGAUCGACCCGGCGAGCGACGUGCGGCUGCUCGCGCUGCUCUGGAGGCUCGGCGCGAAGCAGCCCGCGCUGAUUUUGCGCGAGGAGUGGGCCGAGGGCAUGGCGGCCAUCGGCUGCGACUCGCUGGAGAAGCUCAAGGCCUACGCUCAUAUCUCGGCCGUUUUCCACUCGCCCCACGCGAUGGACCGGCGCGCGUUCCGCGACUUCUUCAAAUUCGUCUUCCUCUUCUCGCGCGAGGGCACGCACCGCACCAUCGAGAAGGACAUCGUCGCGGCGCUGCUGCCCAUCGCCAUCGGCGACCGGAGCGCCCACACGGCGUCGUUCCUCGCCUUCCUCGAGACCUCGAGCACGACGCGCGUCACGCUCGACCAGUGGUGCUCGUUCCUCGAGUUCAGCGACACCGUGGCGCCGGACUUCGAGGGCUACGAGGAGGACGGCGCCUGGCCGCUCCUCCUCGACGAGUACGUCGAGCAGGCCAGGGCAGACAAGGCCGUUUGA